AUGAGUCUGCUGAGGCCCAGCGGGCUGAAGGCCCCCACCAAGAUCCUCAAGCAUGGGAGCUGGGCCCUGAAGGCGCCCUCGGCCGCGGCUGCUCCCGUUGAGAAAUCCGUGCCUGGGGAGAAAACCCCCAGCGCCCCCUCCUCGGAGACGCAGGAGGAGUUUGUGGACGACUUCCAGGUCGGAGAACGAGUCUGGGUGAAGGGGAACACGCCUGGAUUCAUCCAGUUCCUCGGGGAGACCCAGUUUGCCCCUGGUCAGUGGGCCGGGAUCGUGUUGGACGAGCCCAUCGGCAAGAACGACGGCUCGGUGGCGGGUGUGCACUACUUCCAGUGCGAGCCGCUGAAGGGCAUCUUCACCCGGCCGUCCAAGCUGAGCAGGAGCUUGCAGGCCGACGAUGAGACCAACGGCCUGCAGCCAGCGCCUGCUGCCCGGGUCACACCGCCCCUGUCGGCCUCCCCGGCCCCUGCCACCGCCCCGAAGGCGCCCCAGCCCUCCACAAAGGAGGCACCGGCCACCCCUCACAUCAGCAACCUGACCAGGACGGCCAGCGAGUCCAUCUCCAACCUCUCGGAGGCUGGCUCCCUCAAGAACGGGGAGCAGGAGCUGAAGCUUGGGGACCGGGUGCUGGUGGGAGGCGUGAAGGCCGGUGUGGUGCGCUUCCUCGGGGAGAUGGACUUCGCCAAGGGGGAUUGGUGUGGCGUGGAGCUGGACAAGCCGCUGGGCAAGAACGAUGGCGCCGUGGCCGGAACGAGGUACUUCCAGUGUCAGCCCAAGUACGGCUUGUUUGCUCCCAUUCACAAAGUCACCAAGAUCGGCUUCCCCUCCACGACGCCGGCCAAGGCCAAGGCGGCCCCCGUGAGGCGUGUGAUGGCCACCACCCCCGCCAGCCUGAAGCGCCGCCCGUCGGCCUCCUCGCUCAGCUCCGUGAGCUCCGUGGCCUCAUCCGUGAGCAGCAGGCUCAGCCGCGUGGGACUAUUGCCAGAAACCUCCUCUCGCUAUGCCUGCAAGAUCUCCAGCACCACCGCCCUCCAAGAGGCACUGAAGGAGAAGCAGCAGCACAUUCAGCAGCUGCUGGCCCAGCGGGACCUGGAGAGGGUGGAGGUGGCCAAGGCCACGAGCCAUGUGGGGGUGAUAGAGCAGGAGCUGGCCCGCCGGGACGGGCACGACCAGCACGUCCUGGGGCUAGGGGCCAAGAUGGACAAGCAGCGGGCCAUGCUGGAAGCGAGCGACCGGGAGAGGGUGGAGCUGCUGAACCAGCUGGAGGAGGAGAAGAGGAAAGUGGAGGACCUCCAGUUCCGAGUAGAAGAGGAGUCCAUCACCAAAGGCGACCUGGAGGUAAAGCCCGGGCAGGUCCCAGAGGCUUGCAGGGUGCAGGCAAGGAUGCGGGGUGGCCUGGCCGACCCCGCCGGGACCACUUCUGCUGGAGACUCCGAAUCAGACAGGGAUACCUGGGAUCAUGCACCUGGCAGGGCCCGGCUGAGGCACCUCUGCUCCUUGGGGCUGGAGGCUGCUGUUGAUGAGCGUUUUUCUCUCGUUCUGACAGUUGGGUCUACGAGUUUGCCUCAGCUUUGAUUUUCAGUCGAGCAGCACAAAUCAAAUCCUUUAGAACCCCAGUUUUUUAAGGCAUUCCUUAAAACAAGAAGGAAACAGUCAGUUUGCAAAAGAAUGAUUUCUGUUUCUGCUUCUUUUCCUUCCUGUUUUAAGUUCAUGGAAAUUUUGUUUUCCCACCAGAAGGAGGUGAAGGCCCUGCAGGCGGCCUCCGAGAAGCUCGCCAAGGAGAACGAGGGGCUGAGAACCAAGCUGGACCAUGCCAACAAGGAGAAGGCGGACGUGAUCGCCCUGUGGAAGUCCAAGCUGGAGAUGGCCAUCGCCCCGUACCAACAGGCCAUGGGCGAGCCGAAGGCGUCCGUGAGCCGGGGCGUGGGCGCCGAGGCGGCCGAGCUGGCCGAGCUCAAGAUGCAGAUGGAGAGGCUGCAGUUCGAGUCCCAGCAGGAGGUAGAGAGCCUGAAGGCCCAGCUGGCGGCUGAGCGUGCAGCGCACGCCUUUGAGCUGCAGACGCUCAGGUCGCGGCUGGUCAGGAUGGCCCAGGAGCAGAAGAACAGCCUGGAGGCCGCGCGGGCCAAGCUCCACCAGACCGAGAACCAGCACCUGGUGGAGAUGGAGGACGCCCUGAACAAGCUGCAGGAGGCGGAGACGAAGGUAAAGCACCUGGAGGGGUUGCGGGCCAUGUGUAGUCAGCAAGCCCAGGCCCUGGCCAACACCACGGCACAGCUGGAGGCCACCCAGCAGAAGCUCUUGCAGUUCGAUGGGCUCUGGAAGGCCAGUUCCGAAGGUAAAUUGGAAAUGGAGAAGCUCAGGCAGCAGCUCCAGGUGGCUGAGCGGCAGAUUCAGGAGUUAGAGAAUGCAGAGCGGGCCGAGAGCGGCAGGUUGGCCGAUAGCCUGGCCGAGGAGCUGCAGGGGAAGGAGCUAGCGCUUUGUCGUCUUCAGGAGAACUUGAACGAAGCCGGCCGAGUGAAGGAGGCUUUGGAGAAAGAGGUGGACGUGAGCCGCAGCCAGUUCCAGGCUCUGCAGGCCGAGCACGCCAAGUCCACCACGGAGAGCCAGGCGCAGCACGAGGAGGCGCUGCAGGCCCUGCAGAAGCUGCUGCUGCAGGCGGAGAAGCUGCAGGCGGUGCAGGCGGAGAACGGGAGCCUGCUGCGGGAGGUGGCCGAGCUGAAGACGCAAGUCGACGAGGCCAAGGCUGUGCAGACAGCGGAAGAUGCCAGGCAGUUCAUGGAGCAAAUGACCCAAGAGAAGACAGAGACCCUGGCCUCCCUGGAGGACGCCAGGAACACCAAUGCGAAGUUGCAGAGUGAGGUGGUUGAUGUCGGAUCCCUUAAAGAAAACAACUUGAAGAAUGUGGAAGAGCUGAAGAAAUCGAAAGAGCGUCUGACUGUAGAGAAUCAAGAGAUGGAAGAAUUCAAGAAAGAAAUGCCAGGUCCUCCAUCUCCUCUGCCAGCCAGCCCGGAGGAGAAUCUGGCCGAGGGUUCCCUGCUCCGGGAAGACCAGAAAGGAUUUUUCUGGGGUCUUGUCGGGAAACCACGCGGUCCCUUUGGUGCCCGCUCGCGGGGCAUCGCGGGGCAUCGCGGGGGCUCAGCUUGGCCCUUUGUGCAGGUGCAGGCGGGGCAGCGCGAGGACGCACAGGGCUGA